AUGGCAGCUGUCAGUGGAUUAACAACAUAUCAUAAAUAUAUCGCUGGUGGUUUAGGUCUUGUGUUUACCGGACUAGGUUUAGCUGGUAUAUACGAUCCACUCAAUCAAUCUCACGCUUUUGGACUUGUCAACUCAACAAAUAAAGAAAUAACAUUUUAUCCAGGAUUAUCAGCACGUAAUAUAUCUGCUGGAUUGUAUAUCUUUUAUAUGAUCAAUCAAAACAAUAAUCAGAAGAGGAAUUUAGGUGUUUUCUUGUUGGUAUGGACUAUAACUUCUUGGACUGAUUAUAUGAUCUGUUUAAACGCUCAAUCGAGAGGAGAACAGGUUAAUAUGGGUUUCUCACACGCUAUCACUGCUGUCUUGACUACUGUAUUCGCUACCAGAUUACUUGAGGUUUGGUAG